AUGGCCAUCUCUUCACUGUCGAGACGUCAGCGGGUGACCGCGCUCCUUGGGGCCUCUGCCGUGGCGAUACUGUCCUGGGCUUACUUCGUGGAAGUUUGGAAGGGGGUAGUGGUUCGAGGUGGUGGAGACACAGAUGCGAAUGGCUACUACAAAUGGGAACCCACGCAGAAGUCGUACAUCAAGAGCGCGCAAGCACCGGCGGGAGCGUGGCGAGUCCCGAACGUCUACGAUUUGGUAUCUCGCGGGCCUCAGUUCAGGAAGGACGCCGGGCCGCUUUAUUUCUUGAAGGCCAUCGACAAGCAGCAGCAGUCGCGGGUUUGGUUCGUGAUGCGGUCGGGCGAACCGGAGUACCGGAGCCCGAACGCCCUUUCCGUUCUGGACAAUACGCCUCCGACUACCGGCUGGGCCGUGGGGAGUCCGCAGAAAGACGCAGGAGACGGCCUUGGCCCCCCGCCGGAGGUACACGUUUGCGGGAAGAGGGUGGCGCCGGACGCGGACCCUGCGGAGCAGUGGAAGCGCGGCGGCGGCGGUAGGAGGGGGAAGAGCCCGUUCGAGUUGGGCAGGGGGCCUGCCGAGAUCGUGAGCUACCCCGGCACGGUUCUGCUGCUUGUCAUCAACCUCGCCUUCGCGUAUCAUCUCUGGGCGAACCGGGUGUCUCCCGACGCCGUGGCUAUUAGCUACGCGAGGUUCUGGGAGGAGCGUGAGUACUGGCGGCUCUUCACCGCGUCCUUCAGCCACUUCGAGCCGCUGCACCUGGUCUUCAACGCCAUGGGAACGUGGAACACCCGCGAGCUAGAGCGGCUGCUGGGAACUUUCCGGUACCUGUACUUGAGUCUCGACCUGGUGGUGACGACGAUAAUGGUGGUCAUGGUGAUCAAGCAUGCCCUGGUGAAGUGGCGGGGCGUGGAGAGCCAGCGGGAGGGGAAGGCUGUCGGGUUCUCGUGCGUGCUGUUCGCCUACAUGACCUACCUGGCGGUGGCCAUGCGCGAGUUCUGCCCGAUCGGGACCCUCUGCUUCAGCACCUAUAGCAUCCCAAUGUUCUGGGGCAUGCCUUCUCUCCCAGUCAACCUCGGGCCGUUUGCGUCCCAGGCGAUCGCUCAAGUCGUCAUGCCCAGGGCGGCGUUCCUCGGCCACUUGUCAGGUAUUUUCAUGGGCUACUUGAUGGCCUGGGGGUUCCUUGGAGGUCUCUCCAUCCCUAUCCUUGCCGGCAUCUCGGUGAUUUUCAUGCUCCAGCACUCCAAGGCCUGGGCACGCAGGAUGCCGGACUUCUCUCUGUUGCUCCAGAGCUGGGCCGGAGGCGACGCGGGAAGGGUCGCCCGCGCACGGAGGAUGGGGUAUGCCUUCGCGGCCCACGUGUGCCUGACGGUAGCGCUUUCUAUGGUCUUUUCCUGGGGCUCGACGGUGGGCGAGGUAAUGGCCCUCGUCGUCGGCUUCAACGCUCUGCAGGCGCUCAAGUGCUGCUGCUGCCCCGACAGUGUGCCGGCGGAGCACCGUUUCUGUGUCAAUCUUCUCAAGGCCUACGGGGCACUAAGCGCGAUCCUGCUCGUCAGCGACUUGCUCUCGUUUGGUGCCAUUUUGGGCCAGUCUUGCUUCGUGACCUGGUCGGGCGUGUCGGACACCUCGAGGCAUUAUGGGCUAGCCUUGCUGCUGGUGGCUGCGGCUGUGCACGGCCUGGCGGUGGCUGCUUGCAUCGAGGGGGGGGUCAUCUUUCGCGAUGGACAGACGUUCUUGUCGACCAUCGGGCUGAAGCAAGUGGUGACCGCCUACUCCUUCGGCGCCAACAGCGGCGGCAACACCACCGCCGCCGCAAUCACGUCCGGGAGGCUGUACAGGGGGGGCGGCCGGUCUACCGGCACCGCGGCGUCGAAUAGGACGGGUUCGACCAUUUCUCGCGGAAACGGCGGGACGCAGGCGUCGGGUGCAAGGUUGAACCGCAGCCCCCCGGCGGGGCGGGCUGGGGGGGGGGACGUGGGUCUUCCGUUGUUGGGGAGGGAGGGCGAGGGGGGCAACGCGCUGGGGGAGAUCGAGUUGUAGGGUGGGGGGCAGACCCUCCACCACGGGGCCCCUGGGUGUGUUCGUUGCCGUGCGUGUUUUUCGGACUUGCUUGGAGAGGAAGAAGAAGCCUGCAGCUGGCCACAUCGAGUUCUGAUGGUUUCGAAGAAUGCCUACAUUUUUGCAUAGCCAGUUUGAGUUUUUGGUUGGUUUUCGGGUUUUUGUGUCGGCUACGUUCUCUCCGGCGCGAGCCGAAUGCGUCCGGUUCGCAGAGGAUGUAUGGUGCAAGUAUGGCGGAGGUAUCGUGCUUUGGUCUCGCCAUCCUUGGGGGUUCUGCGACGGAAAAACUCACAUCUAUGAUACAGUACUAUUUUUUUUUUGGUAGGUUUUCCGUCAGUGACCACCAAUGUGGUGGGACAGUAGAAGACGAAAGGAUCGUCCGGUGUAGCGACAACGGGUGUUCGUGUGUUUGACUAUUUAGCACGAAGUAUUUUUUGUCGGUGGUACUUGUUUGUUUUGUGAUCAAUUGGAUCUAUCUGUAUAGUGAGCUCCGGCUGGGUGUUCGUGUGUUUGACUAUUUAGUACGAAGUAUUUUUUGUCGGUGGUACUUGUUUGUUUUGUGAUCAAUUGGAUCUAUCUGUAUAGUGAGCUCCGGCCGGAUUUUUUUUUGGGUGAGGACAAGAACGCCGACAAAGACUAAUUCUUUUC